AUGGUGUACAACCCAAAUACCCCUACUCUUACAAUCCCACGCUCUCAGAAUGGAUUUGCAGUGUUGACAAUACAAGCUCACUAUCCCAAGCUAAAGCCCCCACCUUGCAACAUCUUUGAUCCAGCUGCUAGAUGUGAGAAAAUUGGUGGUGGCAAUUCUGCAGUCCUCUUUGUUGCCCUAUAUUUGCUGGCUGUUGGUUCUGCAGGAAUCAAAGCUGCAUUGCCAUCACAUGGAGCUGAUCAAUUUGAUGAAAAAGACCCAAAAGAGGCAAGGCAGAUGUCCAGUUUCUUCAACUGCCUUUUACUAGCUGUGUGUGUUGGUGGUGCUGUCAGCUUAACUCUAAUUGUGUGGAUCCAAGAUAAUAAAGGAUGGGACUGGGGCUUUCUGAUCUCUUCCAUUGCCAUAUUAUUGGCUGUGAUUAUCUUUCUCGUGGGAUUGCCAAUGUAUAGAAUACAAAUUAUUCAAGGAACCAGCGCCAUCAUUAGUAUUAUACAGGUGUAUGUUGCAGCCAUUCGCAACAGAAAUCUUCACCUCCCUAGGGACCAUACGGAGCUCUAUGAGAUUGAUAUGGACAAGGAAGCUGCUGUGGAAGCAGAAUUUUUACCUCUCAGAGACGUUUUUAGGUGUUUAGACAAAGCAGCCAUCCAGCCAACAUCUACAGGGCAGGAUGGUAAACCAGAUGCUCCAAAUCCAUGGAAACUUUGUAGGGUCGCUCAAGUGGAAAACGCCAAGAUACUACUAGGCAUGGUCCCAAUUUUUUGUUGCACAAUAAUCAUGACACUUUGCCUUGCACAGCUCCAAACCUUCUCAAUCCAACAAGGUCUCACCAUGAACACAAGCGUCACAAAAUCUUUUCACAUCCCACCUGCCUCCCUUCCUAUCAUCCCAAUCGUAUUCAUGAUCGUCAUAAUCCCAUUCUAUGACCAGAUCUUCGUUCCCUUUGCGCGAAAAUUCACCGGCAUCCCAACCGGGAUCACGCACUUGCAGCGCGUCGGAGUCGGCCUAAUUCUCUCAUCCAUCUCCAUGGCGGUGGCUGCUAUACUUGAAGAGAAGAGAAAAGGUGUAGCCAGAGACCAUAACCUGCUUGAUGCAAUCCCAGUUGUGCAGCCAUUGCCAAUCAGCACAUUCUGGCUAUCAUUUCAGUACUUCAUAUUUGGAAUUGCAGACAUGUUUACAUACGUCGGAUUGCUUGAAUUUUUCUAUUCAGAGGCACCAAAGGGCCUUAAAUCCAUCUCAAGUUGCUUCCUCUGGAGCUCCAUGGCGCUAGGGUAUUUUCUCAGCACCAUAUUGGUGAAAAUAGUUAAUGGUGCAACAAAGAAUGUUACAAGAAGUGGAGGUUGGUUAGCAGGAAACAAUAUCAACAGGAACCAUUUAAACCUCUUCUACUGGCUACUUUCUAUAUUGAGCUUGAUCAACUUCUCAAUCUACUUGUUUGUAGCUAAGAGGUACAAGUAUAGGCCUCAGAAUUCUGUGGACUCAAAUGAGAAAAACGUUGGACUUGAGCAAAAGAUAAUUUAG